AUGAUUUCAACAAUUCACAAAUUUGAAAUGGUUAAAUGCACGGGAAAAUAUAAAACCGUACAGAAACCGAAGUGCAUUGUUGAUUAUAAUUUAAAUAUGAACGGUGUGGACCUUGCAGAUCAGUAUCUGUCGUAYUACUYAAYAUUGAGAAAAACAAUUAAAUGGCCUAAAAAGGUAGUAUUAUAUCUCGUCAACUGCGGCCUGUUCAAUGCAUUCAAGACUUAUAAUUCGUGUAAUGAUGAAAAAAUGAAAUAUAAAGAUUUUCUACUUGCUGUGAUGAAAUUAUGGACGACGGAAGAAAAAUCAACGGAUACAUUUAUGGACAUAGAACAAGGUAUUUCAAAUACAACAAAUCAUCUACGUGUCGACCCACCAUGUAGACUCGCUGGUAAUAUGAAACAGCACGUACUGAAACCAAUAACGAGUAAAGGCAAGAAGAAGUUCCCAACCAAACAAUGUAAAGUUUGUUCGUCCAAUGGAAAAAGGAGCGAAACAAGAUACUGUUGCAAAUUAUGCCGAACAGCAUUGCACAAAGGAGUAUGCUUUACCAGAUACCACACUCUAAAGCAUUAUUCAAGCUUGUAA